AAAAGUCAAGCAGCCUCUUGCAGGCGAGCAAACAGAAACAGUUAUUCGCUCACUGGGACUACUGCAGAAGGUGUAUCAAUUAUUCCGUUAUUUGUAGCCAAAAUACCGAUGCUACAGAAUAUAAAAAGUAUCUGUAAAUUGCAUGACUUUAUCAGGUUAAAGAGAGGAGAUUUUUAUUGAUCAGCUCACAAUGAAAAUGGAUUUUCAAACGAGUUGUGUGACUUUUUUCGCACUGAUCAUGCCGUCAAUGAUGGUAUCAGCGCAAGGGGAUAAUGGCAUUGCUUUCCCGGACCACGGAUUUUGCCAACCUAUUUCAAUUCCACUAUGCACGGACAUCGCCUACAAUCAAACUAUCAUGCCCAAUCUGGUGGGACAUUACAAUCAAGAGGACGCAGGACUGGAGGUGCACCAGUUUUACCCCUUGGUAAAGGUACAGUGCUCGCCGGAACUUAAAUUCUUCCUAUGUUCAAUGUAUGCGCCUGUUUGUACAGUUUUGGAAAAGGCCAUUCCACCCUGUCGCUCAAUUUGCGAGAGGGCAAAGCACGGCUGCGAGGCGCUCAUGAAUAAAUUCGGGUUCCAGUGGCCAGAACGCCUCCGGUGCGAGAAUUUCCCCGUGCUUGGAGACGGGCACAUUUGCGUAGGUCAGAAUGAAUCUACUGCCACUGCCCCGCCCGUACACAUGCCAGUCCCUGGAACUCCUGGCGUCCAUGUCUACUCCACAUCAGACAGGCCUUUCCGCUGUCCAUCUGUGCUCAAAGUCCCCACUUAUCUGAAUUAUUCGUUUCUGGGGGAGCUGGAUUGUGGAGCACCGUGUGAACACUCCAGGAGCAGUGGAGGCUACAUGUUCUUCAAUGAUAAAGAGAUUUAUUUUGCACGCAUAUGGAUCCUCAUCUGGUCGUCUCUGUGCUGUGCCUCCACCCUAUUCACCGUCACCACCUACCUAGUGGACAUGCAGCGCUUCAAGUACCCGGAGAGGCCCAUUAUCUUCCUUUCUGGCUGCUACACCAUGGUCUCCAUAGCCUAUAUCGCUGGCUACUUCCUGGGGGACAAGGUGGUGUGCAAUGACAGCUUCACCCCAGACGGAUAUAAGACCAUAGUUCAGGGGACCAAGAAGGAGGGCUGCACCAUCCUCUUCAUGAUGCUGUAUUUCUUCAGCAUGGCCAGCUCCAUCUGGUGGGUCAUCCUGUCCCUCACCUGGUUCCUGGCAGCUGGGAUGAAGUGGGGGCAUGAGGCUAUUGAGGCCAACUCCCAGUACUUCCACCUGGCAGCCUGGGCCGUGCCCGCCGUGAAGACCAUCAGCAUCCUGGCCAUGGGGCAGAUCGAGGGGGACGUGCUCAGUGGGGUGUGCUUUGUGGGCCUCAACAGCCUGAACCCCAUACGGGGCUUUGUCCUCGCCCCCCUCUUCAUCUACCUCUUCAUCGGUACCUCCUUCCUCCUGGCCGGCUUCGUGUCCCUGUUCCGCAUCCGCACCAUCAUGAAGCACGACGGCACCAAGACGGAGAAGCUGGAGCGCCUGAUGGUGCGCAUCGGGGUGUUCAGCGUGCUCUACACCGUCCCCGCCACCAUCGUCAUCGCCUGCUUCUUCUACGAGCAGGCCUUCCGCCACCACUGGGAGAGAAGCUGGGUCAGCCGUAACUGUAAAGGCUUAGCCAUCCCCUGCCCCAUGCAGUACACCCCCCGCAUGACCCCCGACUUCACCGUCUACAUGAUCAAGUACCUGAUGACCCUCAUAGUGGGCAUCACCUCCGGGUUCUGGAUCUGGUCUGGCAAGACACUCCACUCCUGGCGCAAGUUCUAUACCAGACUCUCAAACGGUAGGCAUGGAGAGACCACUGUCUAGGGCGUGAGGCCAAAACAUGGGACUUGUUUUUGGACAUUCAUUUGGAUGUUUUAUAGUGUGUUUUUCUCCCUCCUAUUUGUUUACUCACUGUCAGAGACUCAGUGGUACUUUUAUACAUUGAUCAUCAGAUACUGUCAGUAUUUUUAUGGAACGUUGACACAAUUUUUAAGAAGUCAAAUAUUGCAUGCCAAAAUCGAGCUUUAAGA